AAUAUAAUAAGUUAUAUGAAUCUGAUAAAGUAUCAACAAAAUUGCCUGGACAAAUUCCAAUAUGUCUUAAUUGUAAUUUUGUAAAAUAUUCUAAUCACCCAAUAUCUAAAAUGAGCCAACCUUAUAAUCAACAAUUGGCAAAGAAAGUACCUACAAAGGAAGGAACAUUAUAUCAUUCUUUGCUUACUUAUCCAACAAUUA